AUGUCACCCGGUAGCGCUUCCGCCGAGAAGGGCGAGUCCACUUUGGCUCGAGUUUUGGGUGCCGGAUCCGCUGGAAUCGCCGAGCUCGCCGUCUUCCACCCCGUCGAUACCAUCGCUAAGCGAUUGAUGUCCAACCAUGGCAAGGUGGUCGGCAUGCAGCAGCUCAACCAGGUCAUCUUCAAAUCACACGCGACCGAUCCCGCCGUCAAGCGCUUCUUCACCCUCUUCCCCGGCCUCGGAUACGCAGCAGCAUACAAGAUCCUCCAGCGAAUUUACAAGUACGGUGGACAGCCAUUCGUACGCGAGUACCUAGGGAAGCACCAUGGAGGCUCAUUUGACCGCACAUUCGGCAAGGGAACCGGCAAGGCUAUCAUGCAUGCAACUGCUGGCUCCAUCAUCGGAAUCGGAGAGAUUGUCCUCCUUCCAUUGGACGUGCUCAAGAUCAAGAGACAGACAAACCCAGAGGCCUUCCGUGGGCGCGGUGUGAUGCGAAUUGUCGCAGAUGAGGGAUUCAGCCUCUACCGCGGCUGGCAAUGGACCGCAGCCCGUAACGCACCCGGUUCAUUUGCCCUCUUCGGUGGUUCCGCCGCCGCGAAGCAAUAUCUGUUCAAGCUCGAGGACUACAACACUGCAACUUGGUUCCAGAACUUCGUUGCUUCCAUUGCUGGUUCCAGCGCGUCUCUGCUUGUCUCCGCGCCAUUGGACGUUGUCAAGACCCGUAUUCAAAACCGCAACUUUGAAAUCAAGGAAUCCGGCGCCAAGAUCAUUGCAGACAUGGCACGGAAAGAAGGACCUUCUGCCUUCUUCAAGGGAUUGGUUCCAAAGCUAUUGAUGACCGGACCCAAGCUCACCUUCUCAUUCUGGCUGGCACAGACGCUGAUUCCAGCUUUCAACAAGGUUCUCUGA